AUGUUGAAGAUCUGCAAAUUGGACAAAAUGUCAAAAAAGGCAAUUUUAGAGGGAAAUCAAAAGAAGCUUCGAGAACUUUUGGAAACCAUUUCCAAAAUGGGACUAGAAGAAAUCUUACAAUCAUUGACUGAAGCAGAAGAUGGAAGUGAGCACACAUUUCUUUGUGUGGCUGUUCAACAAGGAAGUAUUGACAUGGUGAGGGAGCUUGUAGAGUUUCAAGAUGUACAUAUGACUGAAUGUUGUAGACCAUUGCUCCAAACCUGCCUUCAACAUGAUAACCUCCAGCUUGCCAAGUAUCUGCUCGAGAAUGAGUAUGAAACAAGUGCCACUGAUCAAAGUAUGUUGAUGCCUCAGCUAUGUGAACAGAACAACACAUCAGCAGUGGAACUACUCCUUGAACAUGGAUGUGAUGUUAAUACAAGGAGUACAGCAGGAUUUACUUUGUUGCAGAUAGCUUGUACAAAAAACUACUGUGAGCUUUUAAGAACCCUUUUACGUUACAACCCCGACGUGGUGAAGGCAGAUUCAGACGGAAACACUGUUCUCCAUCAGUCUGUGAAUCAAAGGCUCAAAGAUAUUGUUGCAACACUUGUACAUUACCUCCAAAGAAACAAUCAAAACCUAAACUGCAGAAACAAAGAGGGCAAUACAGCACUAAUGAUUGCCAUCAAGGGGAAAGAUGUUGAAACUGCAAACAUUCUGCUGGAAUACAAUAUGGCUGUAAACACUGUCAACAACAAAGGGGACACACCUCUUCACUAUGCCUGCAACAUACCUAGUAUGGACAUAGUAACUUUUCUCCUGAGACGGGACGCACAUGUGAAUAUUUCAAACAAGCAAGGAGUGACACCACUGCAUGUAGCUUCUAGCAAUGGAGAUUUGAAAACUAUUCAGCAUGUUGAUGAGCGUUCAACUUGUCAAAAAACAUCAAGAUCGCACGAUACAUUGUGUAUCAGAGAUGGGAUAGUCCACGUACUUCUCAAAAGAGGUGCUGAUGUCAAUCUGCAGACUGUGACAGGUGACACAGCACUUCAUUAUGCUUGCAGACACGGCACACAUUCUGCCGUGGGUGCUCUUAUUAAAGCGGAUGCACUGAUUGAAGUGAAAAACAAGUUUGGUGAAGUACCACUACAUUUAGCCUGUAUGACACCGUGGAGCACAGAGAUCAGUUUACUCCUUACAUGCUCUGUUGUUGAUAUGAAGACUGCAGCAGGGAAUACUCCUCUUCAUUUAGCCUGCUCAAGUAACAACACGAACGCAGUUCAAACCCUCCUGAACAUGGAAGCAGAUGUGAAUGCCCAAAACAAUGGUCACCAUACACCACUAUGCAUUGCAUUUGGGAGAAAAAGCCAUGGAGCAUUAGAGAUCCUGUUAAACAAAUACAGACCUACUAACCUGAAGCAUGUCAUGUGCUCCACUAAUGAGAACAGGUGUGCUGCAGCCUGGCUUGCAUGUUCUAAGGUUGAACAUCCCACUGCAUUUUACAGUGACUUUACUCUUAUCAAAGAACCAAUAUUAGAGCACCUGUGUAGAAGAAAUAAUUUGGAGGAUAUGGAACGUCUUCUCAUGCAAGAUGUGUCACUGGAGACAAUCAAUCAAUGUUUAUAUCUGGCUUGCACACUCAGACAUGUAAGCAUCAUUAUGGCCCUGUUGGAACAUAAUGCCAAUCCGGGAUGGAAAACUCGUAAUGACAACACAUCAUUACAUGCUGCUGUUGCAUCAAAUUCAGAAGAGACUGUAAGUGCCCUGCUGUCAGCGAAGAAUAUCAAGGAAUGCAUCAAUGCCAAGAACAAAACUGGAGAUACUGCCCUACACAUAGCGUGUAGACACACACAUACAGGAAUUCUGAAACCUCUGUUAAAGUCUGGUGCUGAUCCGAACAUCAGAAACACCUCUGAUGAAGCUCCCUUACAUGUGGCUUGCAAACAAAAAGAUGCAAAAACUGUUGAAAUCCUUUUAGAGAAAGGUUUUGAUGCAAACUCCCUAGCAAGGGGUUAUUCUCCUCUCCAUACCGCAUGUAAGUAUUCCAAUCUGGCCGUGGUUAGGGUUUUGGUUGAAUACAAAGCUAACGUUAAUGCGGCUGCAAGAAUGACAACGCCUCUUCAUGUUGCUGAAAAGGAAAGGAAAGAAGAUAUUGUUCGAUAUCUCAUUCAAAAUGGAGCCAACAAGUUAGCCAGAGAUGUCGACCAACGAACUCCUCUUGCAUAUAGAUACUAUGCCAAUGGUCAUGCACACAUCACUCCUGAUGUGGAAUUAUUGUUGAACAAGGGAUCAGAUGUGAACCGCGCCUUGUCGGAUGGAAACAUUGCAUUAAUACAUGAGGUGAGAGAAAAUCACCUAGAUGUAGUCAAAGAGCUGGUUAGGGAGGGGGGCAAUCAUUGACAAGCGUGACAUAGAUGGACGUUCUCCACUCCUACUAGCUUGCUAUUUUGGGUUUGCUGAGAUUGUCAAGUAUCUUGUUCAAAGUAAAGCCACCAUCGACAAUCCUGACGAGCAAGGUCGGACGCCACUUUACAUGGCA